GAAAUCAAACUCGGCUCAUGCAGUCGUAUGGAUUUUGGGCUUCAUUGGCUUUGUAAUCUCUUUACUGUUUGUACGUUUUGAUUUCUCUUUAAGAACCCCAAAAAAAAAAAAAAAGUCAACUCUUUACGCAGGAGAAAAUAAAAUGAGACUCAUCUCUCUCAAUCCCGAAACAGAAUCGAUUCAUCUAUUAGUCAACUCUCCCUUCACAAUGGAUGAUGAAGAAGCAAUGUUGCUGCUAAAGGAAGAAGAUGAGGGAAGAGGAAGAACUAGUGUUCCUACACAACUCAUGAAACUAAAACGAACCCAAUGGUGGAUUCUUGUCUUCAUAAGUAUCUUCUUCCUCAUCUCUGCUCAAGCCAUUGGUGUUCUGCUUGGUCGGUUUUAUUACAACGAAGGUGGAAACAGUAAAUGGAUCUCCACUCUUGUCCAAACCUGUGGCUUUCCGAUUCUUUAUCUCCCUCUUUGUCUCCUUCCUUCUUCAAAAUCUUCUUCUUCAUUUUCUUCUUCUUCUUCUUCUUCUUUCAAGACUCUGGUUUGGAUUUAUCUUUCGCUUGGUUUUGCUAUUGGUUUAGACAAUCUUUUAUACUCUAUUGGGCUUUUGUAUCUCUCUGCUUCGACUUAUUCGAUUCUAUGUGCUUCGCAGUUAGCUUUCAAUGGUGUCUUCUCUUAUUACAUCAAUUCUCAAAAAAUCACAUGUUUGAUUCUGUUCUCAGUGUUGUUUCUCUCUAUCUCUGCUAUGUUGGUUUCUCUUGACGAUGAUUCGAAUAGCCCAUUAGGGGAUUCUAAGUGGAGUUACUUGAUUGGGUGUUUCUCUACAGUUCUUGCUUCUCUUAUCUAUUCUCUUCAGAUCUCUCUUGUGCAGUUUUCAUUCGAGAAGAUUCUCAAGAGUGAGAUUUUCGCUAUAGUUCUCGUGAUGCAGAUCUAUACGUCGCUUGUGGCUUCUUGUGUUGCGGUUAUCGGGUUGUUUGCAAGCGGGGAAUGGCUGUUGUUGAGUGAGGAGAUGGAAGAGUUUCAGGAGGGUCAAGUCAUUUAUGUUUUGACUUUGGUUGGGACAGCGGUGUCGUGUCAAUUGGGUUCUGUAGGAUCCGUGGCGCUUAUAUUUCUGGUCUCUUCGCUGUUUUCGAACUUUAUUGGUACACUCUCACUCAUUGUUACGCCUCUUGCAGCCAUUGCCGUGUUCCACGACAGGCUGACUGAGGUUAAGAUUGUCGCGAUGCUCAUUGCCUUCACAGGAUUCGCGUUUUAUAUCUAUCAGAACUAUCUUGAUGACUUGAAAGUACAAAGAGCACGAGAAGCUCAAGCCGAAUGAUUUUAUUGAACUCUACUAAAGAAGCUCUAAAGAUUGACAUUGAGUAUUGUUUCUCGGUUGUAUGUAACCUCUUCUUCACAACCUCUUAUAAAAGUGAAUUUUAUUUUUUGAGACACCAUUAGUUUGAAUUUAAGAAAAUGAUGUUUUACAAUGUACAAACCAUGUGAAACUUUGAAAUUAGAUGGUUAGUGAGAAGUGUGUGUUAUUAUAUAUGAAAAAAUUAA